AUGACAGACAGUAUAGUGGACCAAGUAACUGAUCCCAGUAAAACCAAACUAUUCCUCAGUGAUGCCUCUGCAAACAUUAUGAAACAGCUGGAGUUGACUAAGUAUGUGAAAGACUCCAGCACGUUUGCAGAUCGAGUUGGCGCUCUUGAAGACAUGCUAAGGAGCUUUUUUCAAACUCAAGAGGAUUAUUCUAAAUAUUUAGAAAUCCAGCUGACUGUUCAACGAGAACGAUGUGUGGAAUUGACUGACAAAUGGAACAAUGCGGAGAAUCAAAGCAGAACACACAAGAUUUAUCUCAAUGAAACUAGAAAGAAUCUCGAGGAAACAAAAAAGAGUCUCAACGAAGCUAGAGAGAAUCUCAACGAAGUCAACCGAACGAAUCCAAAAAAAGAGAUGAUAGAGCUUCGUGGAGACAAAAAAGAGGUCAUAGAGUUACGUCAGAAAAUACUACAGCAUAAAGCAACAGAAGAGAGAUAUGCUCAACAGAUUCUUGAAUUGAAGAGACUACUUGAACACAGCCAGCGCGAACAUGAAAAUUAUAAAGUGCGAACUAAUCAUGAGUUCCAAGAAAUGCAACAGAAACAUAAAGGCGCCGAGGCUAGAGCAGCAGAAUUGCAGAAGAAAUAUGAUCUACUAAAGGAAGAAGCCAUCAAAUAUUCUAUUAAAGAACUUUCAGCUGGACCUUGUCGCAGUAACCCUUUGACUGAACUUGAGAUGGAGAAAGCUGAGUUACAUGAACAACUUCGCGAAGCGCGUGUCAACGCUAACUCUUACCAUAAUGCAUAUCAGCAUGAAAAAGCAGAACGCGCAGCAGAACGUGGACGCUUGGAAGAGUCUUUUCGUCGUGAAUUUCAACAAAUGACGCAAAGAAUUAAAGAUAAUGAGGCUAGAGAAGCUGAAUUGCAGAGGAGGAAUAACCUGCUCAAGGAGCAAGCUGCUAGUUAUGAAGCUGCUCUUGGCGAUAUUACCCAUGUCAGUUGGGGUGAUAAUGGUAAGAAUUAUACUGUCCAGCUCGGAAAGGACAUUGUUAAAUUGCAAAAUAGUCUUGAAGAGUUUACUCGAUUAAAAGGUAGGCAAAGAUUUAUUAUCGAGGUAGUAUUGAAAUAUACUCAAUCGUAUUUCAACAUUUGUAUCGCGGAUUUGAAUAAGAAAAGUGAUAACGAGAUUGAACAAUACCCUGGGACCAAUAUAAACUAUUUUUUGGAAGAACUCAUCUUGAAUACAACAUCAAAUUUAGAGCGGUAUAUAAAUCAGUUUGUCGGGUAUAUACUGAAAGAAUUUGAUGAAUCGAAAAAGAAAGAUAUCGAAGAUUUAGCUACUUCUAUCGUCCUUGAGAUUAUUCAUCUAUUUUAUUUCAGGUUCCAGACUCAAGUCCCUGUUGUUGAGUAUCAAUUUUUUGAGAAUGGGACCAAGUUCGAUUCCGCUACAAUGGAAUGUGUUCAAGACGAUCAUAACAAAGAACAAGUUGUUGAGAUAUGUUCGUUUCCACUGGUCGGAGUGAAUAUUAGCGACGAGCAGAAGAAGCAGAUCUUCCACAAAGCGAAAGUCCAACUGAGACCUGGUUUUAGUGGUUAG